AUGAAGCCAGACGAUUACUAUUUUCCUCUCUACGACUUCCACGAAUUCGAAGGAUGCCGCAAACGCUACAUAAAAGCAGAUCGCGACUUCGAACAACAAGAAGGCUUCCCAAAAAUACGAUUUGCCGAAGAAAUUUUUACUCCGGGCCUUCCGGUCCUCAGACAUAGUGAAUUCAAUCAAUAUCUGUAUCUGAAUCCCAAUCCUACUCAAGCAACUCAUCCAUUACACCAGAAGUAG